UUUCAACACUAUGCUCAAUAGCCCACUUUAUUAUUAUUAGUAAUAAAUUACUUUUCAGUCAAAACUUUUUAUCCCUCUUGAAAUAUUCUACUUUGUACACCUCUCUCUCAUUUCAUUUCCCUAAAAGAUUAUUCAUGAAUCUGCAAAACAAUACCUUCUUAAUCCUCACAAUUAGUAUCAUCCAAAUCCUUUCCACCCCAAAAUUAACCUUAGCUCAAUCCCAAUUCCUUGAUCAAUGGUGUGGCAAAACUACAUACACUCCCAACAGUACAUACCAAUCAAACUUAAACACAAUUCUACAUCUCAUCUCAACAAACACUCAAAUCACUAAUGGCUUUUAUAACUUCUCUGUCGGACACCGCCCAGACAGAGUAAGCUCAUUAGCCCUUUGUCGGGGCGAUGUCCCGCCCACAACAUGUCGUAGGUGUCUCCAAGACGCAUCCAGUUGGCUAUUACUCUCAAAUGUUUGUCCUAACCAAAAAGAAGCAUUUGGGUAUAGUGAAUAUUGCUCAAUAUUCAUAACAAAUGAAACUAUUUCUGACCAAGUACAAGACCAAACACCACCAUGGUAUGUUGCUAUCCCGGGUAAUGUUGACAACGACGUAAAUAAUUUUAAUACAACGUUGUACGCUUUAAUGGGUGAGCUUCGAAAUCGAGCAGCUUCGGGUAAUUCUGACCUGAAAUAUGCUGAUGGAAAUAUGAGUUUAAAGGGUGGUCAGAAAAUUUAUGGGCUUGUACAGUGUACACCUGAUUUGGAUAAGAAUAAUUGUAUGGAUUGUAUUGACAAUAAUAUUCUUGUUCAUCUUCCAACAUGUUGUAUUAGCCGUACAAUUAAAGCUUCUGAAGCGAAAUUUGAUCAUCCUAGUUGCUUUGCUCAGUAUGCACUUCAACCGUUCUUUGGGGUCGGGAACGUGCCUAAUGUGACUUUAACGGCACCUCAAUCAUCAGCUCUGAUACCGAAUAACAGUAAUAGUAAUAUCACGGCAGAAGAGGAAAUGAAGGCCCUCCAAUCCUUGCAAUAUAGUCUUGGAAACAUCAAGUAUGCAACUCAAAACUUUUGCGAUGAUAACAAGAUUGGAGAAGGUGGAUUUGGCAUGGUUUACAAGGGUAAGCUUCCUAAUGGACGAGAGAUAGCAGUAAAGAGGCUUGUGCGAAACAAAGGACAAGGAGAUGUAGAAUUCAAAAAUGAAAUUCUUAUAUUAGCAGGGCUUCGGCACAGAAAUUUGGUUAAACUUGAAGGAUUUUGCUUGCAAAGAAAAGAAAUGAUACUCAUCUAUGAGUUGGUGCCCAAUAAAAGCCUUGAUAAUUUUAUUUUUGAUUCUUUGAAGCGUUCAUCUAUGUUGUGGGAAACACGUUACAAAAUUAUUAAUGGCAUAGCAAGAGGGAUUCUAUACCUCCACGAAACUUCGAGGCUAAACAUCAUUCAUCAUGACCUUAAAGCAGCAAAUAUUCUCUUAGAUGAAAAUUUCUGUCCUAAGAUUGCGGAUUUUGGCAUAGCAAGACUCUUUGACAUUGAUCAAACUCAAGCAAUUUUGGCAAGCAAAAUUGUUGGUACCUUAGGAUACAUAGCUCCAGAGUAUGCACUACAACAUCAAGUAUCAGUAAAAUCCGAUGUCUACAGUUUUGGUGUACUCAUCUUGGAGAUAAUAAGCGGGCAAAAGAUAAGUUCAUUUCAAACUGACGAGGAGAACCACGAACCCCUUCUUGAAUUUGCUUGGAGAAAUUGGAUCAAAGGCACACCACAUAACCUAGUAGAUCCAACAUUAGUAUCAACCGGCUCGAGUUUCGAGAUUCAGAGAUGCAUACAUAUUGGUUUAUUGUGUGUUCAAGCCAACCCAAGUGAUAGACCAACAAUGUCUUCAAUUGAUUUAAUGCUAAGUAGCAAUUCCGUUGGACUUGAAGUUCCAUCACAACCUGCAUUUUACACAGAAAGCAAGAGUUUACCUAAUAUGCUUUCUAAUUGGAGUUAUCCAAUUUCUGAUGAGUCAAGUAGUAAAUCAGCAAUUGUUUCAAUUAAUGAUAUUUCGAUUACCGAGUUGCACCCUAGUUAAUUAGCGUAAAUUCUUAAAUGAGACGGUUUUAUUGUGAGAUUAUCUCUAUUUGGCUGGUCUAUGUAAAUUUAGUGUGUUAAAGUGAUCAUUUACAAUGCUAAAAGUGAUCGAUUAGAAUAAUGGACUAAAUAUAUAAACUCGUCUCAUGAUAAGACGAUCUCAUAUAAAACAAGCUGAGAUAUUAGGUAAUUGUAUUGGAAGUUUUUACUUUUGGAAAUGUAGAAUUUAAGUGAAGUGAAUUUUGCUUAAUGUUCUUUUUACAAUAUCAUUGGUUUUAAUGAUGAGGAUUCUCGAAUUUGAUUGUCAUAAAUAGACAAAGGUAUAUUUUAUGUCAAUAAAAGUAGAUGUAACUGAACUCUACCAUUUUAUUCCGAGAUAUUUUUGUGUGAGAUUGUUUCUUAAUGAGACAACCUUAAACAAAAAGCUCAUAUUUUCGUAAUACGUAAUAUUAGAUAGACUAUUUAACCUAUAUAUAUGAGGUGUGUCGCAUGGUGAUACCGUCUCAUACAACAAUUUGUGUGAAUAUUAACAUGGGAAAAGAUUUUAUAGAGUUAAAAACAAUCUUGUUAGGGGGAUACUAGUGUACAACCUCGAUAUUUUACUAUAGCCGGCAUUGUUAAGAAACCAACUGAUGUGUGUAUUUUAUAUAUUAUUUUCUACCAUGCCCCCAUUGUAUUUUCAUAGCAUUUCUCGCGUAUUUUGCUCAAUUUUCUAUUGGUUUUUAUGCUUGGUUGGAGUGUUUGUUUCUUAUCUAUUUUGUAGGUACAAAGCUCUAAUUAUGCCAGGAAUCGACUCUUGGAGCGAGAUUUGCAAGUUGGAAGGUCAUAAGCUACUCAAAGGUCAUUUUUGUGCUGACCAGGUCUCAUACCCGGGUGGGUUUCCUCAUACCCGGCCGAGUGAGCCUCUCAUACCCGAGUGGGUUUCAACAUAACCGACCGGGUUUGCACUUGAUACUUAGAAUUAUUUGAAGAUGCUAUUUGGAAGAAAAAAGUUGCCACACGCACCCGGCCGGGUUUCCACAUACCCGGCCGGGUGAGACUCUCAUACCCGACCGGGUUUUCACAUACCCGGCCGGGUUUUCACAUACCCGGCCGGGUUUUCACAUACCCGGCCGGGUUUUCACAUACCCGGCCGGGUGAGCCUCUCAUACCCGGGUGGGUUUCCACAUACCCGGCCAGGCUUCCAUUGAAGAUUAAAAUGCUCUGCUGCGUACCCGGCCGGGUUUACUCAUGAACUUAGAAACUUUUUGAUCUUUGAGAUUUAGUUAUGCCUCGCGCCCGCCCGGGUUUCCACAUACCCGGCCGGGUCCUGCAGUUAUUUUUUUAGUAACUGCCCGUAUCCUCCGAUCUCUUUGGAGGAGGAUAUAAAUAGCUUUUGAGGGGAAUUUCCAGGAGAGUUUUUUUUCUCUGUUUUUGAGGGUUUGGUGUCAAGGAUUUCUCAUAUUACUUGUCAUGGGGGAUUGUUAAUCAACACUUGAACAUUGUAAUUCUAAUUAUAUUGAAGGUAUUAGUUUCAAUUCCAAUCUCUUGUUCUUGUUUAUCAUUAUUAUUUUUGAAUGUUUGCUUCUCCAUUAAAUUUGAAUUUGAUUUCCUCCAUGAAUUUAAUUGUUGAAUCUCUAGUUAGUUUUAAUAUGCUUAGUGAGUAGUUUUAUUUCUAGGGUUUGGUGAAACUAUGCAAAAGGUCAUGAGUCUUGUUUGAUUUUAGGAUUUAAAUUUGGUUUGUCUAGGCGAUUCAAUUGAUGGGUUUUAGAUUGAUUGCAUGUUUGGCCAAUUUGCAAGUUUUAUUCGCUCAACUCUAUAAGC